GGUAUAGUACCGCCUCUCGAUUGAAUCAUCUUUGAUAGUCCGUGUGCAGUCUCUGGGCUAUUAAGUGGAAGCAACUAUGGCUCGUCUACUCAUCACCGUCUUGUUUGCAGUGGUCUUUGUUGCGGUCCUGAGGAUCCAAGCAGAGGAUACCAACAGCCUCCCUAAGAAGUUCUUGAGGACGAAGAGGGCGGCUCUCACUUCCGCCCAAAGAGAUGCCUUCCUGGACGCACAUAACUCCUACCGCGGAGACACAUCACCGCCAGCUGCCAAUAUGCACAAAAUGGUCUGGAACGACAACCUAGCCAACAUGGCUCAGGCCUGGUCUGAGAAGUGUGUCUUUGCUCACGGCCAACCAGACGGUAUCACUAGUACAUUUACUUACGUUGGCCAAAACUUGUAUGUCGCGUCAGGCACGGUGGAAACUCCGCCCGAUGGCCAAGUGGUUUCUAAAUAUUGGCACGACGAGGUUGCAAACUUCGACUUCGAUGGUAACGAAUGCUCAGGAGUAUGCGGACACUACACACAGGAAGUAUGGUCUGACACUACUGAUCUUGGAUGUGGAUGGGCAUUUUGCCCUACAGUCGAGAACGCAUUUGACGAUGGUUGGGUAGUUACGUGCAACUAUGGACCAGGGGGGAAUUAUGAAGGAGAGAAGCCAUAUAAGGCAGGUGAAGCUUGCUCCGCUUGUCCCGGUCAGUGUGUCGACAACGAGUGCGUUUAAAGAUGAGCAUUCUACCAUUGGCUAUUGCCAUUGGAGACGCGUGUGCAACAGUCAUGGCAGCGAACUCUUCAAAUGUUUUCUGUCAUUAAUGGCAGUGGACACUACUGGUAAUUACUCAAAAUAAUUAUUAGCAAAAAACCUUACUUGGUAU